AUGGUUAUUGACAAGAAGCAAAUUAAAAAGCUCAAGAGUCUAAAAUGGUUACAUCCACAUUCUGUCUUCGGCGUUCUUACUUUCAUCAUGGGCCUUAUUAUUACGGCAAGUUCGAUAUUUGGCAACUAUCUGCUCGUUGGAAGUCACUUUCUACACAUCUAUCUGCUUUCAUGCGCCUUGAAUUCCAUAUUUGGCGUACGCAUCCUCCAAGGCUCGCCUGAUGUUCGCCUUGGCUUUAAAUUCGGAAUUUCCCUUCAACUUUGUCUGUGCUACGUUUCUUUCCGCCUCAGACCAAAGAAUUUACAUUUUUCCUACAAUCUGGUACCGCUCAAUCUACUGGACAAAAUUAUAGCGACAUAUUUUCUUAUUCUCGUCUUUUACUCUAUAGUGGGAGGCAUUCAUAUAUGUUUCACUGGAAAAGACUUGGCUGGAAAUAAGACUCCAAGAGUUGUCUGUGGAAUUAUGUUUCUAGGUGGACUUGGCAUUCUUUUCAUGAGUUUAUACCCGCUACAGCUCGCUUUUCAGGGCGAAUCCUGGUUAACAUGUAUAGAAGAUAAGUACCCAUUUCAGCGGCAAGGUUUCGCAGGCUAUGUCUAUGUGCCAACAACUUGGGCUGUCGCCAUUAUAUUUUUCGGGGUGACUCUUGUGAUGCGGAAAAUUGUGACAGUCGAACAGCUCAAUUAUUUUGGAAUCACAAGUGUCGUUCUGGUGCUGAUAACGACCGUUAUACUGCAAGAAUAUCAUAUUCCUUUUAUUUCGACACAGAAGCUAUUCAUACCUUGUGGGACGCCAGAAGAAAACAGUUGGUCAGCUUGGGCUUCUGAGUCGCUAGACUUUUCAGCAGGCGCCCAGAAAAUUUGGGCAAAUAUACUCGGAAGACCUCUGCAAUAUCCGAGCUGGUUCAAGGACGAACUAUAA